CCAUGUCGUCCAUCCUGCCCUUCACCCCGCCGAUCGUGAAGCGCCUGCUGGGCUGGAAGAAGGGCGAGCAGAACGGGCAGGAGGAGAAGUGGUGCGAGAAGGCGGUCAAGAGUUUGGUCAAGAAGCUCAAGAAGACCGGGCAGCUGGACGAGCUGGAGAAGGCCAUCACCACGCAGAACGUCAACACCAAAUGCAUCACCAUCCCCAGGUCCCUGGAUGGUCGGCUACAGGUGUCCCACCGCAAGGGGCUGCCCCAUGUCAUCUAUUGUCGCCUGUGGCGAUGGCCAGACCUGCACAGUCAUCACGAGCUUCGGGCCAUGGAGCUGUGUGAGUUUGCCUUCAACAUGAAGAAGGAUGAGGUGUGCGUGAAUCCAUACCACUACCAAAGGGUGGAGACACCAGUCCUACCCCCUGUGCUGGUGCCUCGGCACACAGAGAUCCCGGCCGAGUUUCCCCCGCUGGAUGACUACAGCCAUUCCAUCCCUGAGAACACUAACUUCCCUGCUGGCAUUGAGCCCCAGAGCAAUAUUCCAGAAACCCCACCCCCUGGCUACCUGAGUGAAGAUGGGGAGACCAGCGACCACCAGAUGAACCACAGCAUGGAUGCAGGUUCUCCAAACUUGUCCCCAAAUCCGAUGUCCCCAGCACACAAUAACUUGGACCUGCAGCCAGUCACCUACUGCGAGCCAGCCUUCUGGUGUUCCAUUUCUUAUUACGAAUUGAACCAGCGUGUCGGAGAAACCUUCCACGCCUCGCAACCCUCCAUGACUGUGGAUGGCUUCACAGAUCCGUCCAACUCAGAGCGCUUCUGCCUGGGGCUAUUGUCCAAUGUCAACAGGAAUGCUGCCGUUGAACUAACCAGGAGGCACAUCGGUCGAGGCGUGCGGCUGUACUACAUUGGAGGGGAAGUGUUCGCCGAGUGCCUCAGUGACAGUGCCAUCUUCGUUCAGUCUCCCAACUGCAACCAGCGCUAUGGCUGGCACCCGGCCACCGUCUGCAAGAUCCCACCAGGCUGCAACCUGAAGAUCUUCAAUAACCAGGAGUUCGCUGCGCUGCUGGCCCAGUCUGUCAACCAGGGCUUCGAGGCCGUGUACCAGCUGACACGAAUGUGCACCAUCCGCAUGAGCUUCGUCAAAGGCUGGGGCGCCGAGUACAGGAGACAGACCGUGACUAGUACCCCCUGUUGGAUCGAGUUGCACCUGAAUGGGCCUCUGCAGUGGCUAGACAAAGUCCUCACCCAGAUGGGCUCCCCCAGUAUCCGCUGCUCCAGCGUGUCUUAGGAACACUAGAUGUGAGGGGAGGGCAGGCUUGGGGGCAAAUGGCCCCGGAAGAGGCCAAGGUCUGAACUCAACUCACUGUUCUCACGGAAGAUAUUGCCUCCCCUCAACUAAAGUGGCAACAACCUGUUUUCCAAAAUACAAAAGCUAGCCGAGUGGGAUCUUAUCAAUGGCUGCAGUGUCUGCUGAACAUCGCUGCCUACUCAUCUGUAGGUCAAGAAAUGGCUUUUACACUGGCGGCUGGAGCGGACAGACAGCAUCUCACCAUUCACCUUCCUAAUUAUUGGCCAUAUCCCUUUGGGAUAUUUUGGCCCAUCAGGAAGGAUUCCUAGCCCAGGUCUGGAGUGGGGACAUCACUUGGGAAGGCCAUUUAUAAAGGGAUCGAUGCCCUCCUGUGCUUGACAAACACUUCCUCAGCUGAACGUCCCCACAGACAGCAGGUGUACAUGCCAGGAAGUCUGUGAGAAUUUUGACUUUUCUUCAAAAUUCACUCCACUGUGGCCCUGCUCACUCUGGAGAGCUGGAGCGACCUGCUGAGCUCAGUGCACAAACAGGUCCUGUGAGUACAGAGGCCAUUGUAGGUUGGAGCUGCUUGGUACAUUCAAGGACAGCCAGAGGCAGUGGCAUAGCAGGUGCUUGGCAAAGGCAACUGGUGGUGCCUUGGGGUCUCUGGUUACCUGUAAGCACUAGCUCUAUACUCUUGAGCAUUCAGCUAUACUGGUUUAUCUGGGCCGUUGCAUUAAGUGGACUCUUUCAUAUGCUCUUUUAAGCGUUUGUUUUCUAUUAAAAAGAAAAAAGAAUCCAGUUGGCACAGUGCCUGGGAAAGCUGAGGGACCUGGCACCUUCUCUCCCAAGGUGAAGCUUGUCCAGGUUUGGCUCUAAAGACACCUACCAGGUUGAGGACGCUGGAAUUCGUCCAAAGGGGACGUCUCAGGCCAACAUAGCCGAGUGAAAAGGAGCUAUGGAGAAUUGAUUUUUUACACCUUUGAAAAUUACAGGCUUGGCACAAAGAGCUGUCAUCUUUCCCCUGGGAUAUGAGUUGAUCUAGUGGAUGAUCAUCAGUGGCAGAGAGCAUAAAACGCAUCAUCAAUUAUUUCAGCUGGAAAAAGAAGGGGGUUGUCUACUGGCCUGUUGCAGAAUACAGCAGACAGAAUUCCCCUUGCAACUGGUACCUUAUCUUUGCUGCUGUUUUUUUUUUUUUUUUGUUUUUUUGUUUUUUGUAUGAAAUGUAUCUCUGCAUGGAUCCCUGCUAGGAAAAAAACAGGAAUUUCCUAUGGAAGUCCUAUCUUCUUCCUGAUGAAGGGAAGUGUGUCCUCUGGACAGGUCUGAACCCUCACUGUAAUGCUAUUUCUGAUGUUAUCUGGAGAAGAGGGAGCCUCCUGGUGCCUCACCUGCAGGACUCACUGACUUCAAGGUUUCCAGGCAAGAAAAGCUGGAAGACCACCUUGCUGGACCUGGGCUGGGUUUUCUCUACAGGCUGGUGACCCCCAAUGAAAAUCUAUAGCCCUUUACCUGGGACAGGCCUGCUGGGAUGUCAUGCUCUGCAGGGUGCCUCACGGCUGUGGUGUGACUGUUCCAUUCUGACUCUGCAGAGCACAUACAUUGCUAGGGGCUAGGCCACAGCUUCAGGUUGUAUGGGGCCCUCUUGGUUGCUGCUGCAUGUAAGUGCAGAGCUGUAUCAAUGCUACUGCUAGGCAGCAAGUGGCUUGUUGGAAUUUCCCCCCAAACAACUUGGCCCUUCUCUGUAUGAGGCACAGCUGGAGGAUGUGAGGGCGGGGAAGCCCACCUUUGGCUGGCACCGCUGGAAAUGAAUUUGGCCAGGCCUAGAAGGCAGAUGCCACAGCUGUGCUCUAAGGGGCUCAGAGCCAGUUUCCAGACCCUGCAGCAGGAAUGGCACUGACGAAUA